AUGGCCAUUACCCGCGCGCUCGUGGAGGAGCUGGAGCGUCUGCAAAAGUCGCAGCCGUCGCUUGUGCGGCUUGUGACGAAGCCCCGGGCUGUGCGUCUCAUUCGUGGACCCGCGAAGGAUGGCCCCGUCUCCGGCUUGGUGGUGGAAAAUCGCGAGGGCGAGCAGCGGGUGGAGCGCGGGACAGCGAUGCUCGCCACAGGCGGCUACGCAGCCGACUUUGACUCCGGCACCUCGCUCUUGGCGCGCUACACACCCGCGAUGUUGAAUUUUGCGACCACCAACGCCGGGCACGCCACCGGCGGCGGCAUCAAGAUGGGAGAGCCGGUAGGUGCCUGGUUGACGGACAUGCAGCACGUGCAGGUGCACCCCACCGGACUCGUGGACCCGGCGGACCCGGACAGACGUGUGAAGUUCCUUUGCGCGGAGGCCUUGCGAGGGGCCGGCGUUUUGUGGAUGAGCUCAGUUGCCGCGAUGCGGUGA